AUGGCGGAGUCCAAGAAGCUGCUCGUUCUGAUCUUUGCGGCCAUGGUUUCUUCGUUGGAGGCGUACGUCUUCUACGCCGGCGGCCACGACGGCUGGGUCGUCGACCCCGCCGAGAGCUACAACCACUGGGCCGAGCGCAACCGGUUCCAGAUCAACGACACCAUCGUGUUCGCGAACGGCGAGGGCGCGGACCCUGUGCUGCUGGUGACGGAGCCGGACUUCGACGCGUGCAACACGGGCAACCCGGUCCGCCGGCUAGAAGACGGCAGCGGCCGCUCGGAGUUCCGGUUCGACCGGUCCGGCGCCUUCUUCUUCAUCAGCGGCGACGAGGACCGGUGCCAGAAGGGCAAGAAGCUGUACAUCAUCGUGAUGGCGGCCCGACCCACGAGGCCGGCGCUGGCACCGGCGCCCGGAUCGCCGCCGCCGCUGUGGGCAUCGGCGCCAGAGUACGGGCAGGCUCCGGGCAUGAGCGUUGGCGACGAGGCGUUGUCGCGCAGCAGCUCGCUGGAGGCGCCACCGCCGACGGCGGGCGCGGCACGGCUGGACGCAGUCAUCACCGGCGCUGUUUUGGGGGUUUUAGGGGCUUUGAUGCUCUGA